UUAGGUACGUUUAAUCAAAUUUGACAAUUGCCUAUAAAUAUUAUUGUAUAAAUGUCUGAUUUUGUUUGUUUUCAAACCUGAUCGAAACUUUAUUUAUAUUCAAUCACUUUUUUUCAAUGACAGUUCAAAAAACUAAAGAUCUUGUAUAUUUUAUAAUAGACAACUUUACCCAGCUAUUUAGGUAUUUAUUAAUAUAAAUUAAAACAGAAAUGAUAACCGACUUCGCAAAGGAAAAAGUAUUUUGGACCAGAAAGAUGAAUUUAAAGUUAGUAAAAUUUAUACAGAGCCGACCAAACAUCUGGAAUCCUAAACAUCCAAAGUACACUUCGGUCGAAUUCAGGGACCGUACAUAUGCAGAAUUUGCAGCGAAAUACGGCAAUGAAUUCACAGGGCAAGCUGUGAAGGAUAGAUGGACCAAUAUAAGAUCUACUUUUGCUAAUUAUUUAAGAAAAAUAAAAGCUAGUCAAGCUAAAAGUGGCGAGAAAUACAAAGUCAACUGGCAUUUGUGGGAAUCUUGUCAAUUUUUAAGAAAAGUUAACAGAGCUGUUAAGCUUAAUGAUGAAUCUGAAACUGAAAAUAAAAAAGAUGAUUUUGAACUAGAACAGGACUCGCAAAAAGAACUCGACUAUAAUAGUGAUCAAAAUUUUGAAAAUAAUACAGAAUCAAAUGUCUCAUGUAGAGGCAUUGCAGAGAAUUUAGUAACAAUAUUUAAAUCUGUACAAAAUGACAGUUUUGGUUUAGAAAACAAUAAAUAUGGUGCAGUGGGGAGAGCAGUAACAAAAAGAUUAAAUGAAGUGAACUCUUUAGAAGCGGCUAAGAUGAUACAACAAAUUGUUGAAAUUUUAUGUUUAUAUGAUCGAAAUAAUUUAUUAAAUCCUAAUUAUUUAAAAACUGAAUGUAUAUAAAA